AUACUCUCUCACACACACAUUUCCACGCCUCUUUCAUUUUCUUCAUUUUCUAGGGUUUCAGACACAACCAAAUUCACCAUGGUUCAGAGACUCACAUACCGAAGGAGGCAUAGCUACGCCACCAAAUCCAACCAGCAUCGAGUUGUUAAGACUCCUGGUGGAAAAUUGGUUUAUCAGACAACUAAGAAGAGGGCGAGUGGACCUAAGUGUCCUGUUACUGGAAAGAGGAUCCAAGGGAUUCCACAUUUGAGACCUACUGAAUAUAAGAGGUCUAGAUUGUCUCGCAACCGCAGAACAGUUAACCGAGCAUAUGGAGGUGUUCUAUCUGGAGGAGCUGUUAGGGAAAGGAUUAUCCGUGCUUUCCUUGUUGAAGAGCAAAAAAUUGUGAAGAAAGUUUUGAAGAUACAGAAGACAAAAGAAAAGCAAGCAGCUAAGAAUUAAGUUAUGUUAUUAAUGGAUGAAAAACAAAUUAGAAAUUCCUUUUUUGAUUUGUGCUGAUGAGUUUUGACUUUUAAUGGUGUUAAUUAUGAAUGUGAGACUUAAUUUGAUAUUGAUUUUAUGGAGUUCUAUGUUUUUUCUGUA